AGAGGACGUUAUUCAUAGAAGUUUUACAUCUGGAGAUAAAGUAGAUGGAAAAGCUUUAGACAGAAGCAGAGACAUCGCGACUGCAAUAUAUUUCGACGAUGAUCAAAAGUUGAAGGUAUAUCUUGGCACAGGUAGGUUGAAUAAAUAAUUCUGAUUCAUCAAGUAGAGGGGGGCAUGACUUUCGCCGAUUUAAAAACUAGCAAUCACUAGAAACCACAAUUUUGCCUUAAUUUAUAUUAUAUAUACAUUACCAGGCUAAUAAACAAUUUUUAAAAAAUUAAGGCAAAAUGUAAGAGUUUAUGAUUGAAAACAGUCCAUGCAAGCGAAAUUGCAACCCUUUGAAAUAUGAAAAAAGCAUUAAAACGAGGCUAGCUAGGCUUGUUUGCUACAUCUAGCAUAAACAUCAGUAUUUUUAACAUUCAAUUUCUCAAAGAAAAUGGAUGCCAUUAUAUUCAUUAAAAUAUAUUAUUUAAAAUACUUGUAUCUCAAUCAAUAUUGCAUGAAAGAACAAGCGUCAUGCAUACACAAAAGAUUAUAUAUUAUAUUAGAGAGUACUAUAGCUGCAGGCUCCAAUUAAGCGUUACUGUAGUUGAGGCGUUUUACUCAUAUACAGUACCCUUCCCUAAACUUAUCCCUAACCUUAACCCUAACGACGCGUAUACUUAAUUUUCACACCAGUUUGGGUUUCUGAAUGACGGUUUUUUCUUGUAAUUCUUAUUCAUUUCAUUCUUGAAAUUCACCAUCAGUAGAAGGUCAACCUUGACACCAUGAAAUAAAUUCACGCGCUCCAGUCGAAUAUUGAUGACUUCCCAAUGCUUUCCUUUACCCGGUUGUAAAUAGCCGAGCGGAAUUAAUACCCUCGCGAAAUUAAUACCCUGAGUUGGUCAAUUUGAGAUUGUAGGCGCGAGAGUAUGAAGAAACAUUCUUGCAUAAACAUGACUGUAUGAUGAUUAUCUAUUUUCUUUGCUCUGAGUUUGGUCAAACCUUGACUUUAUACAAUGUUAUUUGUAAAGGUCCACCAUGGUCUAAAAGUGAAAUUCAACGCCGUUUACUCGAAGCAGUGGAGUUGAACAGUUUAAAGUGUUUGGAUGUACUCUGCAAGAAAUACGAAAGUGAGGAAUUUUCAAUGGAGGAAGAUGUUGUACUUUUUUACCGACGGUAUGGUCUUUCUUUCUGGCCAUUGAAUGAACGUCCGAAAGAGACAGCCUUACAUGUCCUUGCAAGCAAGCUUACGUCAACAAAUGCAAUUGAAGUUUUGAAAAGGAAACGGAAGUUCCUAACUGAUUUUUCAGAUGUUCCAGAUAGUCAUGGAUCUACACCACUUCUCCUGGCAAUAAAAUGCAACAAUAUUGAAGUAAUCAACGAGUUGCUUCGGGCAAAACCGGAUGUAAACAAAAGAAAUCGACAUAACGAAUCUCCUCUUCAUGUUGCCGCCCUAAACGACCAUGACCAUAUUAUAAGAGAAAUUCUGAAAACAUGUAAGUGUAAAGUGCUUAUGUUUGUCAUGUUGUCUUUGAGUUGUUCACCGGGAAAGCUGAAAAGUUUGCUUGACCGCGGUGGGAAUCGCAUCCGCGACACUUGGUUUGAAAAUUCAAAAAUUCUGAAAAAGACACAGAUAUCGAAGGAACUAGACUGAGUUCCAAAAUAUCACCCACUCGAACCGACUUGACGUAGCUCAGUUGGUAGAGCAUUGGAUUGGCAAGCCAAGGCCGCGGGUUUCGAUCCCACCAUAGUCAAGCAAACGCUUAUUAAUUAAACUUGCCCGGUGUGAACACACUCAAACAUAUAUCUUCACUUGAGUGCAUAACAUCAGAAACAAAAAAGAAAUAUCAUACCUCAACUUCAAAUUGUCCAAUCAGAAAGCUCAGUUUGUGGCACUUGAGCAUGAAAUUAAUGCCUUAUCACGCCUUACGUCAUCAAUUAGCAAUUAAGCCUGCGUUCUUUUUGACAAUGUUCCACCCCAUGUUCCCUGGGGGACAUGGGGUUGAUCUUUAUUCCCGCGGAUCACACGCAUGACAACAAGAUGGCCGCCAAAAUAAUAGUAACAAUACGCCUGCUCAGGCGUUCACACUGGCCUGAUUGCGCUGGUCAUAUUCAGCAAAUUUUCAGCAUACUUAUACUGAAAGUACUCAGGCUCGGUGAUUAUCGGGGAAUAUUCACCUCGACUUCGUCUCGGCGAAUAUUCCCCAAUAAUCACCUCGUCUUCGGCGAAUAAUUGUUAAAUAAAGGGUAAACCAAUCUGACCAUGUUAUCGUGGGUUAAAUAUUCAGAUUAUAGAAUUACUUUUCCUUAAUCAAUAAAGAUCAACAGCUUUGUUUCUUCUCACCUUUAUGCAUAAAAUGUGAUUCGUGUUUUUGAACAUUUUAUUUAUAUUUACUUAUUUAUUACUAAAUAAAUGCGUACACAUUUACCGCCUGGAAAACCACUGCAGCUAUUGCUAAUUACUUUGGUACAAAAUCUGGCAUUGGAAAUUUUAUCACUUGUCAGACAAUUAAGAGAAGGGCAGAUGUCUGAAAAAAUUAACCCUUUAUGUACUAUUUAAAAAACGAGCAGGAGUGUUUUAUUAGGUUUAAAGCCACGAGCGCACAGCGCGAGUGGCUUUAAACCUAAUAAAACACGACCUGCGAGUUUUUUAAAUGGCUUCAAAAACGUUUGCAUAAUAAGUCAAAUCUUUAUAUAAAAAUCUUUAUAUAAAAAUCUUUAUAUAAAAAUCUUUAUAUAAAAAUCUUUAUAUAAAAAUCUUUAUAUAAAAAUCUUUAUAUAAAAAUCUUUAUAUAAAAAUCUUUAUAUAAAAAUCUUUAUAUAAUUUGCAUAACAAUGGUCUUUUGUUAAAGUGUUCUGUAGCUGGUAUAAAGACGUAUGCACGUGACUAAUUUCUUACUCAAGAUUGGAUAAUUGCUUCAUGAAUUAUUAAUGAGUUUUUGAAAAACAUUUUAUUAAUUAAUCAGACAUAAAUUUUUAUUAAAACAAUUCAAAAUAUUUCAUUAGAUUCGGAACCUGGAGAACGCACUAAUCUUCUAGAAAUCAUGAAAAAUAUCGACGGAAAGGGUAAUUCAAUUCUCUACUCAGCCUCUCAGAGUGGGAUGACAAAAAUACUAAAUCUUAUUAUGGAAUAUGAUUGGUGGAAGGAUUGUCUAGAGCAGCAGAAGAAGUCUAAGGAGCAGGAUUGGAAAUCGGUUGUAUGCAACGUUUGUGCUGCAGGAUGCGUAUGUGAAGGUCUUGCGAAGAUCACUUGUCUAGAGCGGCAGAAGAAGUCUAAGGAGCAGAAUUGGAAAUUGUUUGUAUGCAACGUUUGUGCUGCAGGAUUUGAAGGUCCUGCGAAGAUCAUUUGUCUAGAGCGGCAGAAGAAGUCUAACGAGCAGGAUUGGAAAUCGUUUGUAUGCAACGUUUGUGCUGCAGGAUGUGAAGGUCUUGCGAAGAUCAUUUUGCAAGAAGAUUCUGGUCUUCCGUUAAAAUGGGAGGAAGAGGUUACCCCUCUUAUGAGGUAAUAAAAAUGUUUUUUUAAUAAAUAAUUAUCGCAUUCAGACCUAUUAACAGUUUCCGGGCUAGGCGGGAUGAAAACGUCCCGUCCACGGUGGCGUAGCCGUGCAGCCCGAUGAUUCAGUCCCGCUAUGCAAAUAUUGCCAUGUUUAUAAACUAUCAACACAAUCAAAUUUUAAAAAGUGAAUAAUGAUAAUGAGUUAAAAUUUGCACAGCGGAACCAAACCGUCGGGCUGGCAACGCCACUGCCCGUCCAUGCAGGGAUUAAAAUCGAUUAACAGGGGGUUAAUCAAAGUUAUAAAACCACACUCCCUUUUAUUCCCUUCUUGAAUUUAAGCAAACCUUAAUUGUUGGUCCCCAUUUUUCCUAUUUCAAAGAAAAAACGUUCCCUUUGCAAUUGCACCACAUCCUUCCUAGUGAAUAUUCCUUAACUAGAAAAUACAUGCAUUCAGAAACUCUAGCCAUUUUCAUCUCGACGUUUUUUGUCUGUCAGAAAGGUUUUGAAAUUUACCAAAUCGUGCAAAAAUACAAUUUGCAAGAAAUGUUUUCAAAUUGAUUGUCAAAUUUGACCAAUCAGUGUUCACUAUUCACGACAGUUCGCUACAUAUUUUGAGAUCAGUGAGGAUGACCACCCAUGAACGGUGGGCCAUGCGCCCGCGAUAUUUGAUGAACUUUAGACUUCGCUAGUGCGUUCCUUUCCCCUGGUGUAAAUAGCCGGGCGGAAUUAGUACCCUCGCCCCGGGCUUACUGGCUCGGGGAAAGGGCAUUGUGUGCAGAUUGUCUUCGCAAUUUGAUUACGCAAUCAUUAUCAGUAUUAUGACUAAGUAACGAGUUUAGCUAAUGCGCAUAUUCCCUAAUGAAGAAUUGCAUGGCGUAAUGCAUGGUACAAUCAGUACCAGGACUGUAGUAUUAACUAGAAAUUACAUGCAUGCAGAAACCCUCGCCUUGCUGACAAAACCAUUGUAUUUUCCGAACAUGAAGUAUCUAAAGUAGUUGUCAUGGUAACACGAUAAUUUUUUAAGAAUAUUUUUGCAAAUGAAAAAUCGCCUAAAAAUAUCACUUUUAAUUACAAAUUUAUCAAUUCCCUAAACAUACAUAUGUUAGGUAUGUUAUUAUACGUAAUAUAAGCUUCAAUUUAAGGUAAAAUUCAACCACAAACGCUUCGCAAAACGUUUUAAAGUGUUUUUAUAAAACUAAACUGCCUUUAAUUCUUUAAAUGGCUUUAUCAUUCAAUAAACUUUGAGUUUGCAAUAAAAUGAUUUCAAUGCAGUCGUUAUAAUGCAAAUUUUAAAUUGGACCAAUCAUUGACAGUCCGCUAUAUUUUGAGAUCAGUGAGGAUGACCACCCAUGAACGGCCCACGCCCGCGAUCAUUGAUGAAAUUUAGACUUCGCUAAUGCUUUCCUUUUCCCGAGGGCAUAUAUCCGUGCGGAAUUAGUACCCUUGCACGGCGCUUCGCGCCAUCGGUUCGGGAAUUAUCCGUAUUAAUAAGUCAUUAUUAUGCGUUCCUUAACUUUUCCACAGAGCGGCCGAAGCAAAUAAACAAGAAAUCGUUCGGCUUAUAUUUGAUAUUAAAGCGGAUCGCGAUCUCUUUACAAAUUGUGACAAAGAUGGCAGAAAUGUUUUCCACUACGCUGUGAAGAAUCCAAAAGUUCUCAAAUUCUUUCUUGACCAGUUUGAAAAGGUAGGCGUUACUAUGUUUUUAUAGUAAGUAUUUUUAUAGUUCUACGAUAUGUUUCGGCGUUCUACGUCUUGUCAGUGC